AUGGGAAACCACAGCAUAUUCAGUGAAUUCCUCCUCCUCGGGCUGUCUGCUGACUCCCACAUCCAGAUUCUGCUCUUCAUGCUUUUCCUGGUGAUUUACCUCCUGACCUUGAUGGGGAACCUGGUGAUGCUGCUGGUGAUCAGAGUGGAUUCCAACCUGCACACACCCAUGUACUUCUUCUUGGCACAGCUGUCCUUCCUGGACCUCUGUCACUCAUCUGUCACAGUCCCCAAGAUGUUAGAGAAUCUACUUUCUGAAAGCAAAACCAUCUUUGUAGAGAGCUGCUUGGCUCAGGCCUUCUUUGUGUUUGUCACGGGUGGCACCGAAGCCUGUCUGCUGGCUGUGAUGGCCUAUGACCGCUAUGUAGCCAUUAGCUCCCCUCUGCUCUAUGGCCAGGUGAUGAGUGACCAUCUCUGCGUUGGGCUGGCCGGGGGAUCCUGGGGCCUGGCCUUCGUUGAUGGUCUCAUCAAUAUCCUUCUGGCUGUCAAUUUAGACUUUUGUGAGGACCAAACUAUUCCCCACUUCAGCUGCGAGCUGUCUUCUCUCUUCCCUCUGUCUUGCUCUGAUACCUCUACCAACUUCACACUCUUGCUCUGUUCCUCUGUCUUGCAUUUCUUUGGAACUUUUCUCUUGAUCUUUUUCUCUUAUAUUUGCAUUGUCUCUACCAUUCUGAACCUCAGUUCCACCUCAGGUCGAAGGAAGGCCUUUUCUACCUGCUCCUCCCACCUCACUGCUGUGAUCUUGUUCUAUAGCUCAGGCUUCCUCAGCUAUCUCUUACCAUCUUCAGGUUCCCCCCUGGAGAUGAUCUGCCCUCUGCAGUACAGUGUGCUCACUCCCAUGCUGAAUCCCCUCAUCUACAGCAUGCAGAACAAGGAGGUGAAGGCCGCUGUGAGAAGACUGUUCAGAAAAUAUUUUUUUUCUUUCAUGUAG